GGCGAACGGGCUCCGUGCGCAGGUGGCUCCUCCUUCGUUUCUCCCGAUUCCCGGUCGUGCCAGGCACGGUGCCGGCUGCCGAGGGAACACCUUUGUGCCCGGUCCUGGGAACCCGCGACGGCCGCCGCGCGCCCCGGUUCAUUGUUUCGCUUCUCCGGGUUCCAGGCAGGUGCGGGCGGCGUGUGGGGUCCGCACGUGUCACCCCGGCGGCUGGGGCGCGGGGACCUGCGGGCGCCGGCAGGGGCGUUCCCGGGCGCGCGGCAGCGAUGAAGCACCUGAAGCGGUGGUGGUCGGCCGGCGGCGGCCUCCUGCACCUCACCCUCCUGCUGAGCUUGGCGGGGCUUCGCGUAGACCUGGACCUUUACCUGCUGCUGCCGCCGCCCACCCUGCUCCGGGACGAGCUGCUGCUCCUGGGCGGCCCGGCCAGCUCCGCCUACGCGCUCAACCCCUUCUCCGCCUCGGGAGGGUGGGGGCGCGCGGGCCAGUUGCACCCCAAGGGCCGGGAGCUGGACCCUGCCGCGCCGCCCGAGGGCCAGCUGCUCCGGGAGGUGCGCGCGCUCGGGGUCCCCUUCAUCCCUCGCACCCGGGUGGAUGCGUGGCUGGUGCACAGCGUGGCUGCCGGGAGCGCGGACGAGGCCCACGGGCUGCUCGGCGCCGCCGCCGCCGCCUCGUCCGCCGGAGGAGCCGGCGGCGCCAGCGUGGACGGUGGCAGCCAGGCUGUGCAGGGGGGCGGCGGGGACCCCCGAGCGGCUCGGAGUGGCCCCUUGGACGCCGAGGAAGAGGAGAAGGCACCUGUGGAACCGACGGCUCAGGUGCCGGACGCUGGCGGAUGUGCGAGCGAGGAGAACGAGGUACUAAGAGAAAAGCACGAAGCUGUGGAUCAUAGUUCCCAGCGCGAGGAAAAUGAAGAAAGGGUGUCAGCCCAGAAGGAGAACUCACUUCAGCAGAAUAAUGAAGAUGAAAACAAAGUAGCAGAGAAACCUGAUUGGGAGGCAGAAAAGACCACUGAAUCUAGAAAUGAGAGACAUCUGAAUGGGACAGAUACUUCUUUCUCUCUGGAAGAUUUAUUCCAGUUGCUUUCAUCGCAGCCUGAAAAUUCACUGGAGGGCAUCUCAUUGGGAGAUAUUCCUCUUCCAGGCAGUAUCAGUGAUGGCAUGAAUUCUUCAGCACAUUAUCAUGUAAACUUCAGCCAGGCUAUAAGUCAGGAUGUGAAUCUUCACGAGGCCAUCUUGCUUUGUCCCAACAAUACAUUUAGAAGAAAUCCAACAAGGACUUCACAGUCACAAGAACCAUUUCUGCAGUUAAAUUCUCAUACCACCAAUCCUGAGCAAACCCUUCCUGGAACUAACUCGACAGGAUUUCUUUCACCAGUUGACAAUCAUAUGCGGAAUCUAACAAGCCAAGACCUACUGUAUGACCUUGACGUAAAUAUAUUUGAUGAGAUAAACUUAAUGUCAUUGGCCACAGAAGACGACUUUGAUCCAAUCGAUGUUUCUCAGCUUUUUGAUGAACCAGAUUCUGAUUCUGGCCUUUCAUUAGAUUCAAGUCACAAUAGUACCUCUGUCACCAAGUCUAAUUCCUCUCAGUGUGUGUGUGAAGGUGCUACAGGUUAUUGUACUGACCAUAAAUCUAGUUCCCACCAUGACUUAGAAGGUGCCGUAGGCGGCGACUACCCAGAACCUAGUAAGCUUUGUCACAUGGAUCAUAGUGAUUCUGGUUUCCAUGGGGAUCUUACAUUUCAACACAUAUUUCAUAACCACACUUACCACUUACAGCCAAGUGCACCAGAAUCUACUUCUGAACCUUUUUCAUGGCCUGGGAGGUCACAGAAGAUAAGGAGUAGGUACCUCGAAGACACAGAUAGAAACUUGAGCCGUGAUGAACGGCGUGCUAAAGCUUUGCAUAUCCCUUUUUCUGUAGAUGAAAUUGUCGGCAUGCCUGUUGAUUCUUUCAAUAGCAUGUUAAGUAGGUACUAUCUGACAGACCUACAAGUCUCACUUAUCCGUGAUAUCAGACGAAGAGGGAAAAACAAAGUUGCUGCACAGAACUGUCGUAAACGCAAAUUGGACAUAAUUUUGAAUCUAGAAAAUGAUGUAUGUAACUUGCAAGCGAAGAAGGAAACUCUUAAGACAGAGCGAACACAAUGUAACAAAGCUAUUAACAUAAUGAAACAGAAACUGCAUGACCUUUAUCAUGAUGUUUUUAGUAGAUUAAGAGAUGACGAAGGUAGGCCAGUCAAUCCAAACCACUAUGCACUUCAGUGUACUCAUGAUGGAAGUGUCUUGUUAGUACCCAAAGAACUGGGGGCCUCAGGCCACAAAAAGGAAACCCAAAAGGGAAAGAGAAAGUGAGAAGAAACUGAAGAUGGACUCAUUAUGUGAAGUAGUAAUGUUCGGAAACUGAUUUGGAUCAGAAACCAUCGAAACUGCUUCAAGAAUUAUCUUUAAGUACUGCUACCUGAAUAACUCAGUUAAGGCUCUGUUUUGAAGCUUAUAUGGACAAAUGUUUAGGACUUCAAGAUCACACUUGUGGGAAAUCUGGGGGAGCCACAACUUUUCAUGAAAUGCAUUGUAUACAAAAUUCAGUUAUGUCCAAAGAAUAGGUUAACAUUUUGAAAACCCAGUAAGACUUUUUGGCAGCCAUCCUUUUUAGUAAGUCAGUUACUUCAGAAAGAGCAAACACUGGGGAUCAAAUUAUUUUAAGAGGUAUUUCGGUUUUUUAAAUGCAAAAUAGCCUUAUUUUCAUUCAGUUAGCACUACAGUAAGCUUUUCAAACACUAUUUUAAUCUUUAUAUUUAACUUAUAAAUUUUGCUUUGUUGAAAUUUUGUAUUUGUAUUAAAAAUUAACUUUUCCCUUUUAUACAGAAAUCUCAAGCAAAUUUCUUGUUUUCCUUCCAAAAUAUCCACAUUCAGGAAUAUAGAUGAACAACAAAUAGGGCAGCAUAGCAAAUUGAUCAGACUCAAGCCAAAUUGAGGCCAACAUAGUAUGCCAAAGUAAGGCAAAUCCACCCCCCUCCAUCCCAAUACUUAACACACUGAAUACUAUGUGAUAUAGAGUGCAUUGAAGACCUGGAGUCACUGGUAGUUUAAGCCACAGGCCUUCCUCAUGUAACCAGAGAUAGAAUGGGCUACUUGCAUAAACAGAACUCCUUGUGCGUGUAUUAAAUCCAUAAAAUCUCUGGCAGUAGUAAAGCCAGCCUGAAGGGAUGGCCUCACAUCUUAGAAUACUGAGAUCUCACCAGAACACUGUAAGCCAUAUAAACAAACCAACAGUAGGGGAAGAGUAACAGUGAAACCAUCUAAGAUUGUUUAAAAUAGGCAAAAGCUAUUGGGGGGAAAAAACAGGUGAAUGUGAAAAUAAACCAGGGUAAGGUAAAUUCUAGAAAUAAUGGCAUUUGAAAUGAAAACCUCACUAACAAUAAACAGAUUGAGUUUUCUGAAGACAGCAAUGACCUCACCUAGAUGACUGUCAAGUCCGGGGAACAUCAACACAUUAUGUGUACUAUAAUGUGUACAUAAAAUUUUAUGUCCAAUUUUUCAAAAUGAAGUUUCUCAGAUGCUAUUUCUGCUGUUACAGUGUAGAGUAUCACAAAUAUCUUGGGCUAGAGAAACACAGUUUAUAUAUACCGUUGGAUUUUUGUAAUAAAGGUUUUUUCCCCAAGACCUAUUAUUUUGCCAGAAAUGCUUCUAGAUAAAAUUAUUGCCCCAUUCAAUGACUCAUGGUGUUCAAUGAUCAUUUGUUUAGUCUGCUGACGAGCUGCUUUUUACAAGGGAGUAUUUCAAAUGUCUUAAGCUUUUGAUAGUUAUAAUUUAAGGACACACGUAAAACAUUUCAGUCCACAGUAGGAAAUCCUACGGUACCAAUUUACUUGUUUCAAAGUUGACUAAGUGCACUCGCACGAGUGCCUGCUUAUCAGAUAGCAUUCUUCAAACCUCUAAAAGGAAAGGACAGCAGAGAGCAGAAUUGGUAAUCAUGGUGAGUCUUUGGCACUGCUGAAGUGCAGUGGCCCCCAAAGAUCCAGCCUCGAACUCAAAUCCGUCUACCUCAGCCUCCCAAGCAGCUCAGAUUAUGCACCAUGUCUGGCCUGAAGUUUAAGCUAUAAAAAACCUUAAAUACAGCACACAGAUCAAGUAACUGCAAAUGGAAUAUAUUUAAAGAUAGUAAUGUCUGUACUGAACUUUGUCAAUUAUUCCCCAUACAAUGCAACAUACUAUUUACCAAGCUUCUAUCUUGGAUUAAAUGAGAGUAACCUAGAGACAACUCAAGUGUAUGAGACGUGCUUAGGUCAUGUGCAAAUACGUUUCAUACAAGAGGACUACAGCAUAUUUUGGUAGUGUAGGUUCCUGAAACUGAUGUCCCCUCUCCCAUACCAAGGGACUUUUAAUUGGUGCAUUAAGCAGCCAGCUUUACAAGAUCUAAUUGGCUAUGGGUUGGCUUCCUGACACAACCCCGUCUCCAUCUUAACAUGCUGGAUUCAAGGCAUAUAAACGAACUGCUUUUCCGACAGUCCAGUUUUAAAGGUAGAAGGAAUUCCACAUUUGCUUUCCAGUGCAAACCAACUAGAUUACAAAGUCAAUGCCGAAAACCAAACCACCAUUGCCUAGGACCCUCCACUUUACCUACCUAGUUGAGUAAUCUUGAUUACAGUAUCUAACGUCUUAAUCAGAAUGAGGAAGAUAGGGAUAAAGACAACCCAAGUGGGUAGGAUAUCUUUUCCAAUUAAAACUCACUUGAGCAUCUUCCGAAGUGUGAUCAGAUUUUAGGCCAAUUGUAUGCAAAAGGCAGGCAGGCUUCAGUUGAGCAGAGCUACAGAACCAGUAUACAGGGUUUUUGUGGUAAUACUAACUUCCCUAAAUUCACUCAAGUGGCUAGAUCCUUCUUUCCCCAUCUCAGUUUUCGAACUAUUUGUUCUCUGGUAAAUCCAUGCAACUCACUGGUUACCCCAAUUCCCCUCCCAAAACAAGCCAGUGUUAGUGCAUUACUAAAUAGUACAAAUGUCAAAAUUAUGUAGGGCCUGUCAACCAUCUCAGUACAUUAGUUCCAAACCUUAAAGAUAGCAAAUUUAAAUAACAUGCACUCCAGGUGACCUGAGAUAGGUGUUUUCUACCUUUUGCACUUUUCAACCAUCAGUGACAAACUGAGACUUGUUGCCUUACAUUGUUAGCUCCCAAUACCUAACAUUUAUUAGGUCAAGCAAUUUGGCAUCUACCGAAUUGGGCUACAAGGAAAACCUUACACAGGGAAAUCCGGUUUUACACUCAUGCAUAAACUGAAUAAGGGCACACCCUUGAGUGUGACAGCCAGCAUCUUAGUUCCCAAUGAUCCUUGCCUGCUUGGUAAUUUACCAGUGAAUAGAACCCUCCCACCACAUUCUGUGA